GCGCAUGAGCCGAGCCAGACCCCGGCGUCACGGCCGAGCACGCAGGCGCAGGGCAAGCGCACAGCUUCCCCUCGCUCUUCGGGAGGCACGCGUGCGCCUUGCGCUGCCUCACCCGCGUCUGCGCCGUGUUGUCAGUCGGAGGUGGGAGAGUUCUUCGGUGUUGCGGGCUGGUCCUUCGGGGACGGCUAUCGGGGCGUUUUGCGGCCCCUGUGGAUUUCACAUCACUUCAAUAAAUUAAAUGUAGAAGCCAAUAGCAUGAGUCGGUGUCGUUCUUCUUGGCUGUUUUCGCGGUGGCUCUGGGGUCUGCCGAGGCGCGGGGCUGCUGCUUGCCUGGAGCUUUGUGUCAUACAACACCGCGGGACGCUAAAAAACGCGUAGGAGAGGAGUUAAAUUAGAAGCUCGUGGGAAACGGGGACAAACGCGUUGUAACUCGCAGCCUGGCAGCUGCGUUUGUGUAGGGGUUGCCAUAGCAGCUGCGGGCAGUGCCAGAAAGGCUGCGAGCACUGAGACCGAGCAGGGAGCUCGGCAGGACGCAGCCCGGCGCGGGGGGAUCGGCGGAGGUGGGAUUGGCGGGGCGAAACGUUUCUUCUCAGAAUAGAGCGGUCAAUUGUUGAGUGGCGGUGGAGAUGGAGGAGGCUGUGGGAGAUGAGGCUGAGCUCACGGGGAGAGAUGAGCUGCGCUCCUCUCCUGAUCUCCCUGCGCAGCAGGAGUCAGCGCAACUGGGGAGAAUGCGGCUCUCAUCCAAAACUGACACUGAACUCUGUCCGCCUCUCAUUGCUCUAAAAAAGGGCACGGAAAGUAAGUAUCGUAGACUUGGAGGGGUCCUAAAGACAAAGAGCACUGAACUACAAUCUGCUGUCACAGGAUCAUCUUGGGCUUCUGUUCUUCCGGCAAGUGUAUUCAUUCUAAUAGAGGUGGUGACUCAGCUGCCUUUUGCCUGUUAAAUUUUCUUCUGUACAACUUGCUCUUGAAAUUGUCAUUGACAAAGUUAGACAAAGUUUGGUCUGAUACUAGAUGGUACAGAGUUCUCUUAAUCUAUUGACUAUAAGGAAGUAGAAACACUCAAAAGCAUAUAGCGUUAGGCUGUUUACUUUCUAUGCCCUCCAUCUGUGUUAUUGGGCUUUUGUUUCAUAGUAUUUUUCAUCAUCUCUUUUCUUUGCCGAGAUGAAGAUUUAUAUUAGUUAAGAAUAUUUGAAUAAUGUCAUAUCUGUAGCACCUCAAUAUCUCAUGUUACUUUAAAUGGACUGGCUUAAUUUGUGAAGGGAGUUGAGUCCUUUCCAUCCAUAGCUCUGAGCAGGCUUCUUUAACUAAAAUAAUUCAGAUUAUAUUAAUUCUUUCUGGAUCCAGUCAAGGUCUGGCACAAAUGUUAGUUUAUUUUAUGCUGCAUCAAAAUGAGUUUCUCCCAUAAGUUGUGAAUCAGAGGUAAAAUAUAUUUUAAAAAGUGGUAGGUUUUAUUUUCUUUUAUUUAUUUAUUUUUUUCCCCUGCAACACUGCAGAACACUGUGUUUUCCUUCUCUUGUGCUCCUCCACCUCAGACACCAAGGCGGCAUAUAUUAAAUUAAGUUUGGUCAUCUUAUACUUUUGGUGAAACAGCACAGAAGAAAUUACAUUUAGAAUUUGGCUUCUAGUAUCCUUACUAAGACAUAAAUAAGAAAAAAACUGCAACCAGAGAAAGUAAAAGCUAUAUUGCUGUAAUGCUUAUAAAGAUUUAACAACUAUAAGCAUGUAAAUCCUUGUUAUCUCUAAUAAUUUUAUGUUACAUAAUGUGGGAAUUUUUUGGCUUUGUUGAAUUACAUUUGACCUGGGGGAAAGAGAAACUGAAUACUGCCUCAAGAAAGGCAUACACAAGAGAUCCAGCUGUUAACAUGGGGCCCAGAGAUUAUAAGAGACUGACAUAUAAGACAGGGAUCUGUACAGGAGAAGAAGGAACUCUGAGUCAGAAACAGUGGGUCUUAUAGAAACAUGAGAAUGGUACUGACCAACAGCUGCUGAUAUUUGGGUGGGUUUUUUUGGUGUUUUUUUUUUUUUUGGUUGGUUUUGUUUGUGUGUUUGUUUGAUUGAUUACAAACAAUUCUGUUCUAAAAAAGGAUUGUUAAACUGCAGUUCCUAAUUGAGAGUACUGGCAAGAUGAAGAAAUUUAUCAUUGUUUUUCUCCAUUAAAAAUUGUGAGUUACAAGAACACUCUAGGUGUUCCAGGCACUUGCAUUAUUGGGAGCUAUGUGCAAAGAGGAAUGCUUAGCCUGGUGACUUUUUGACCCAAAUCUUUUCUUCUCUGUACAGCUUCUGAAGAUUAACUGUUGACUUAAAAAUAUUAGUUAACAUAUUUAGUCUGUUCACAUUGUUAUGAAGACUUUAAAAAACCUUUUGUCUACAUAACUUUUCUUCUUUACCACUUUUCUACUUCCUCUAUAUAACUUGCAUAUUAAACAUCAAUUGUUUAUUUGUUUCAGUGGUAGCUGAUUCUAUAGUGGAUUUGUUUUAUUUUCUUUUCCACUGAGAUAAUAACUUGAUACUGUAUGUUAAAAUGCCGAGAGGGUAGUAAUGGGUCUGGUCCCAGAUCUGGAGUAUGGACGUUUAGAAGUUUGAAAGCUAGAUUCAUAAAGCUGAGAUUUGAAAUAAGAGCCAUUACAGUGUCAGGAUCCAUAUCUGAUCCUGAGGUCCUGCUCUGAAGUUUCUAUGGUAAGUGCUUUAUGCUGGGAAGUAAUUUUGAACUAACAAGUUAAUUAUUAGUGAUUUUUAAUAAGUAAUACUGAUUUUUAUUUUUGCUUUCUUUUCCUUUGAUACAAUCUUUUCACAGUCUUGCUUGAAGUAGUUAUGAAAACACCUUAAAGAUUAACAAUAAAAAAUACAAUCCUUAAAUGCAAUAUAAAAUAACUGUGGGGAAAAAUGAUCUCUCUGUAACAAACUUUUAUUUUCUAGACAAUUGGUAAGAAAAGUAUAGUACUUUCCAGUGAAACUAGGAAAGAGCUAGCUAAGCAAGCUAAAGUCACCAAAGAGGAGAGAAGAGCUCAGAUAGAUGAAAGACACAAGUAUUUGAUAUCAAAGUUAUCAGAUGGAAUAGACUUAAGUGAGCAGCAAGUGGAGGAGGCCAUUAUUUCUGAUGACAAGUUUCAACUUAUAGAACAAUUCUUUGCUCCUAACGGACUUAAAAAGUUACUGUUCUUUUACCAAGAUGUUUUGCAGCAAACACCAAAUGCUUCACUGAGGUCAGAUGGAUCAACCAACAGUUUCCUUCAGAAGAAGUUAUUUCUUACCACAGGUUCUACAGAGAACUUUACAGGAAUCUGUGCGUUUUUCCUAAGGAUGUCAGAUAAAGUUAUAACUACAUCAAAUGUUUGCCAGGAGGUGAAUUUUGGCAUCUUCGAUUGUUCUAAUGGAAAUAUCCUUCAGGGUCUGGAAUUGUUCCUGUCCCAGAUCAUGAUACCAGCGCUUAAAUCCCAACAGCACUGGGGAGCUGUGAAAGAAGGUCUGAAGAGCAGCCAGAUACAAGAUUUUCUAUAUUCCGUCGAUAGAUUUGUGGAUACCUUGUCAUCAUCAAGACAGAAUCUGGAAGAUAGAAUUCAGCUUGCAGAAGUGGAUAUUGAUACUUAUAUCAGUAAUUUACAGAACCCAUCUGACUACAUAACUGCAGGCAGUAACACAGAGAUCACUGAGAAACUUGAAGAGGUGUUAAUGAUUUGGAUCAAACAGAUCAGACAAGUGUUAGUGGAGAGUGAGCAAAUGAGAAGGGAAGCUGAUGACAUUGGUCCAUCUGCAGAGCUGGAACAUUGGAAGUCAAGAAUGUCAUUAUUUAAUAGCCUUUUAGAUGACAUAAAGAGUUCAAGAGUAAAGAAAACUAUAAGUAUUCUUCAGGCUGCAAGAUCGAAGACAUUAAAGCAGUGGAAAGAGUUGGAUGGUAGUAUAACGAUUGCUGCCAAUGAAGCUAAAGACAAUGUGAGAUAUCUGUAUACACUGGAUAAAUUUUUUGCUCUACUGUCCAAGGCUUCUCCUGUUACAAUGGUGGAACAGAUACCCAGUUUAAUGAAUGCAGUCUGUAUGAUCUAUUGUACAUCACCACACUACAACACAUCAGAGCGCAUGACAUCUCUUCUUCUUAAAAUCACUAAUCAAAUGAUUAACACAUGCAAGACGUAUCUACGUGAAGGUGUUUCUAAAAUCUGGGAUCUGGACAGGUGA